AUGUCUAUACUUGCCAAGCUGGCUUUGAAUCUUGGGAUGAAGCCACACGUACUGGUAGCCUACAGAAUGGCUGUUGCCUCUAUUCUCUUUACUCCAUUUGCUCUUGUCUUAGAAAGGCCAGUGCUAGACCAGAACUUGUUCUACGCUGGGAUGAAAAUAACCACACCAACUUUCGUGCUUGCAAUGUGCAAUAUUCUUCCGGCCAUGACAUUUGUUAUGGCUUGCAUCUUCAAGCUUGAGAAAGUGGAUAUGAGGAGGCUGCACUUCCAGGCAAAGGUGGUUGGGACACUGGUAACAAUUGGAGGAGCGAUGCUACUUCCAUUAGCUCAUGGACCAUUACUAAAUUUGCCAUGGACCAGGAGGAAUUUCUGUCGCGGCCAAUCUGCACAUAGCGUACACAUCCAAGAUCUCAUUAAGGGUGCUGUUAUGGUUAUAUUUGGGUGUUUAAGCUGGUCAAGUUUCAUUAUUCUGCAAGCAAUGAUUCUAAAAUCAUACCCAGCUAAGCUUUCCCUUGCUGCUUUAAUGUGCAUAAUGGGCACCGUGGAAAGCACCAUACUGACCUUCGCAGUGGAACGAGCCAACACUGCAGUCUGGUCUGUAUACUUCGAUGUCAGACUUUUAGCUGCUGUUUAUGGUGGAAUACUCUCAGGACUAGCUUACUACAUUUUCGGAUUGUUAGUAAAGGAAAGGGGUCCGGUGUUUAUGAGUGCUUCUAAUCCUCUAAGCCUGGUUAUGGUUGCAAUUUUGGGGUCCUUCGUCUUCAAAGAGAAAUUCUAUCUAGGCAGGUACGCAUCAUGUCUCUUCUCUGUCAACCUCCGAAUGAAUCAAGUAAACGAUGAGCUAACACAGCAGUCAAUCAUUGGUAGGGUUAUUGGAGCCAUCGUGAUCGUUCUAGGCCUGUAUCUUGUUCUAUGGGGUAAGAGCAAGGAUCAAACUACAACAUCAAACAGUGGCGGUGGAACACCAUAUGGGCAAACAGCUACAACGGUAGGAAAUUUACAGGCUUCUAAUCAUGACUUGGUUGCCAGUAAUGCUAAUGCGGCAUGA